UCUGGGUGGAGAUUAAACAUGCUAAUGAAAGAAAAUCAAACUCUUCCUCCAUCCCACAGAACUGAACCCUUGUCUAAAGAAAAUCCAAUCGUCUACAAGCUCCGGAAGCCUGCACUAAGGUCCAUCGUGAAUAUUCAUGAUAAAUUCACAUUUCCUUGUCUGCUCUCUGUAAAAGCCCACUUCCUCAAGCUGCCUGCAAGCAGUGUUGGAGACACCAGCCCCAACUUUCCUUUCCUUGAGCAACGAAAUAAAGGCACCUUUCUGAUCUCCCACCUCUGCCUACUGUUUAUUGACUGUGACAGUCCCACAUAGCAAAACCUGGGGUUUCCAUCGGCCAACAUGAUGACUGAGACAAACAUCCUGUUGCUUCCAGUGGAUGGGGACACAAGGUGAUGCCGCGUGUUACAGAGUAGAACUGCUUCAUAGGGUUUUGUUGGCUGUAAUCUUGUCGCCAGGACUUUUAUUCCGUCGCACUACCACGGAAGAAAGUAGUCCAGACCAAACUUUAUAGAUGAAAAAACCCAAAUGAAAGUGACAACGAAGAGUAAAGGAUUUCCUUAUCUUCAGAUCCUCUCUGCAAGCGUCCACCACCAAUCGGGUUGGGGAGCUCCGGGAAAAUGGCGGGGUAAACAAGGGAAAAAAGAAUUCCCUCUAACCAGGGUCGUAAGAAACCCCAGUGGCUCUUCCCGGUGGACGCGAAGGAAAACCACCGAGUGGAAAAGCCGCCCUCACGCCCCACUUCCUAGAGCUCCCGCGGAAGUGCGUUGUGCGCAGGCUGAGCGACCAUGUCCUCCGCACCGACCGGUCGCUUCCGGCCUUUGUGGGUGUCUCUUGGAGGGUUCCGGGGUCCGUAGGGGCGGUAGACCUCAGCCCUUCGCCCUCCCUGGGGCCGCGGGUGAGCCAGCCCGUGUUCCGGGCCAAGAGGAGGGGUAGAUGGCGGUGGGACUGCGGUUGCCUGGCGACGGGUUGCUGCGUUCCCACGGCCUGGGCCCCUCAACUCAGUGAGGCCGGUGCGGGGUGGGCUCCGGUCUUCCCCCGCCCAGGUGGGGCCGCAGGACGCUCCCCUCCCGGCAAACCAUAUCAGAAUAGUGUAUUCAUGAGGGAUCCGCCCCGGGUCUCCGCGGACAUUACGGGUUGUGCGCCCCAUUGCCUCUAGAUUUGCCUUGGGCCGUGUACUCUUCGGCUUCUCUAGACGCUUCUAACAUUCCUAGCUCACAGACACCGACCGGUGUCCUAGGGAACCUGCCCUGGGCCUGCCUGGCAGCCUUUAUUUACGUUUAGAAUCAUAGAGCGCGACGGCAGAAGAAGGCCUUAAAGAGCAACAUCUCCAGCCUUUUCACUUUAUCAAUGAAGAAUGAAGAGAGGAGCAUAGAGACUAAGUUACAAAGAAAUAAGUUCGUGUGACUCUUCAGCUUUUGGAGCUUCAUGGUUUCCCCCAGACAGACGUCUGGGCAUUAAAAAAAUAAAAAAGGCAACAAACCAGCGUUGCACCAGCCUUUUAUUGUGGUUAUGUACUUGCCCUAAAUGUUUAUUUUAUACCAAUUCGUUUUUCUUUAUUUUAGAACUAAGUGGAAAUAGGUUUCCUUCUCACUCUUCCAUCUUGAAAAGGGGUGAAAUAACUUGGCUCUUGGAGCUUUUUACUUAGUCUCUUUAUCUUAGCCUAUGGUAUUUGGAAGUCUUUUCUAUCAUAGUAUUUCCCUGAGUAUAAUCAAUUAACCUAGAGGCAGAUUUUCAAGGUUCAUAUUUAAAUUCUUAGAACUAGCAAUGUUUGCUUAUGAUGUAGUUUGUGUUAAUAAUGAUGGCUUGUUUCUCCAGUUCACCCAGGAAGAAAUUUUCCAGGGAAUAUAUUGCUUAAAACAUUGGUACAGCUUUGACACGGCUAUGAUGGCAGCUACGUGGACUGUCCCGGCCCCUGCAGACCAGGAUGAAGUUUUGGAAGUAAAGAUAGAGAAGGAGGAGAAGGAAGAAUAUAAGUAUACCACCAGAAAGGAUCAGAGGCUGCAAAAGAACAACUCCCAUAGCAGAGAGGUCUUCCGACAGUACUUUAGGCAGUUCUGCUACCAGGAAACAUCUGGACCCCGUGAGGCUUUGUGCCAGCUCCAAGAACUUUGCCAUCAGUGGCUGAGGCCAGAGACCCACACCAAAGAGCAGAUUCUGGAGUUGCUGGUGUUGGAGCAGUUCCUGAGCAUCCUGCCUGAGGAGCUCCAGGCCUGGGUGCGGGAGCAGCAUCCGGAGAGUGGAGAGGAGGCAGUGAUUGUGCUGGAGGAUUUAGAGAGAGAGCUGGAUGAGCCAGGAGAGCAGGUCUCAGUCCACAUGGAGGAACAGGAAAUGUUCUUGCAGGAGAUGGCACCUCCAGGAACAGAACAAGAACCCAGCAUGUCCCUUCAGUCCGUGAAAGCUAAACUAAAGCGUGACUGUCCAGAACCUGAAGUCCAACAGGAACAAGUUUCAGAUGUUGAGACUGAAAAUGAGUACAGGAAUUUAAUUCUAAAGCAUGAAGUUUCUGAAGAAGUGGAACCGUAUGGGGAUAUAUCAAACAGAUUUGAAAGUGAGAUGGCUGCUGGGUUCGGGGAAACCCAUGAACCUGAAGAAAAACUAGAAAAUCCUUCUGGAUACUCGCAGGAAGAUAAACAGCCCACAUGUGAUGAGAAUGGAGUAAAUUUGACUGAGAACUCAGAUCUUACUGAACAACAGAGAAUCUGUCCAGGAGAAAAACGUUAUGAGUGUGACAGUUGUGGAAAAGCCUUCAGUGAGCACUCACGCCUCAUAGAACAUCAGAGGAUCCAUACUGGAGACAGACCCUACAAAUGUGAAGAAUGUGGAAAAACUUUUCGUGGCAGAACUGUGCUUGUUCGGCACAAAAUAAUACAUACUGGAGAGAAACCGUAUAAAUGUAAUGAGUGUGGCAAAGUUUUUGGCCGUUGGUCAGCUCUUAAUCAACAUCAGAGACUUCACACAGGAGAGAAACACUACCACUGUAAUGAGUGUGGCAAAGCCUUUAGCCAGAAAGCAGGCCUCUUUCACCAUCUCAAGAUCCACACAAGAGACAAACCUUAUCAGUGUACUCAUUGUAAUAAAAGUUUUAGUCGGCGUUCAGUACUUAUUCAGCAUCAAGGAGUUCACACGGGGGCAAAACCCUAUGAGUGCAGUGAGUGUGGGAAAGCCUUUGUUUAUAACUCAUCUCUUGUUUCCCAUCAGGAGGUCCACCAUAAGGAAAAAUGCUGUCAGUGUAAGGAAUGUGGGAAAUCCUUCAGCCAGAGUGGCCUUAUUCAGCAUCAGAGAAUCCACACUGGGGAGAAACCCUACAAAUGUGACGUAUGUGGGAAAGCCUUUAUUCGGAGGACAAGCCUUAUAGAACAUCCACAAAUUCACACUGGAGAGAGACCCUAUAAAUGUGUUAAGUGUGGGAAGUCUUUCGCUCAAAGAUCAGUCCUCACUGAACACCAGAGAAUCCACACUGGAAAGAGGCCUUACAAGUGUUAUGAGUGUGGGAAUGCCUUCCAAGGAAUCACCAGCCUCAUUCAGCAUCAGAGAAUCCACACCGGGGAGAAACCAUACCAAUGUGAAGACUGUGGCAAAGUCUUCAGACAGAGGAAGAAGACUAGCUAUGAGGAAAUACUACUGAAAAGUCAGUGUGGACCCCAAGCUGGAGUGAACCUUCUCCUGAGCUCUGUAAUUCCAGAAUGGCAGUCCUCUUGCAGGAAGGGUCUCUAAUAAUGACAUUAGGGGAAGAGGACUGUGCCUGGACCAAGAAUGAUGCUGGCAAAGAAAACACAAAUAUUUCGACCAAUGUUGUUACCACCUGGAGAUAGAUGGAUGGAGCCCAUGCAGCUCUCAGCUGGCUCAGGGGUUGCUGAGACCAAAAAUACAUACCCAGAAACAGGUGUUGGAGCAGGUCCUGACCCUGAUUAGGGGCCUGCAGACCUGGGUAGGAUAAUGCCAUCCAGAAUGUGGAGAGAUUAUGCUGGAGACAUUGAAGAAACAGCUCGAAGGACAAGCCAUCAGGUGGGAAGGGUUGGGAUCAUCACUUAGGCUUUGCUACUGAAAGGCUUUGGGAAUAGCCCAGAAAACAGCAAAACUGAACUUUAGAAUCCACCAGAUGUGUCUGGAGCCGUCACCCAGCAUUUCCCUCAUAGGCUUUAAUUCCCCCUGCUAUUUAUGUACACUUCUGGAACCUUCUCUUUCUAUAUUGGGAGACUUUUGUGUGGGGGGGCAUUUUUACUAAGAGUUUAGCUUUAAGUUUGGUUUUCUGAGACCAACUUUAUCCCAUUGCCUUAGGUCCCAGGCUAUUCUGCUUAUGGCAGAAUAGUACCCUGGAAUCACAAAGGUUUCAGGUUCAACCUGUUCAGACCCUGUCUCAGGGUAACUCUCAGCAUUAUUGCCUUUUAAAACAGAAAGCUGAUGAGAAAGGAUCUCUGGAGAGAAUGGCAGAAGACAGGAGCCUCUCAAGGGAAACUCUGAAGAACGCUUAUUAGUAGUGUCCGCUUCCUUGAAACUUCACCCCUGCCUACCUCCUUGUUAUCUACCUGAUUCCUGAGGAGAAAUGUUCAGCCAUAUUUGUAACAUUUUUUCCUCAGCCUGUUCAACUCCCUUAGCUUCAAAAUGUUGCGUGCUUAUUUUUUAGUCCUGAACAUUACCUGGAAAAGUUAUUUCCCCACCCCCCCCCCAUAAUUUUUCACUUUACUGAUUCCCCCAUAUAAAAUUAGUAUGUAUUUUGAAACCAGUCUAGCUACCGCUUCAAGUUAACUUUAAGAAUAUCCCCUGGUUUAAUGAUCCACUCAACAAACAUUUAUUGAGCAUUUCCUAUGUCUACAGCAGUAGACUAAGUGUAAGUGGUCCUUUUAACUAUCCUUAGCAUAUUAAACUCUGUCUUGGUUUCAUGAUACUCCCUGUUUCUCAGCUCUGGAUUCAAACUGACUUCUUAACCUUUGGAUUACUCCUUACUGAUUCUUUGCUUGUCAUAUUUUGUGAGAAUAUCUCCCAUGUUCUUCCAAACUCUUUCUGCCCAGCUGUCUCCUCUUGUCAUUCAAACUGAACCCUGCCCUCCUUGGCACUUGACAAAGUUGGGAUGCCAGUUUAGAGAUAUAGGCUGCAUACUUAAGGUAAAACUAGAUUUUAUUUUUCUCUCUCUCUUCUUCAUCACAAGUCUCAUUAUGUCUGCAGAAGAGACAACUGACAUCUGAAUUGUCUGUGCUUUUUUUUUUUUUUUUUUUUAUGUGUGUUACUGAGAUUGAAAUAAGGACUUGGCUGUAACACACACAAAAAAUCUUAAGAUGCUGAAUCACGUGGGGGGAUCUCUAUAGAACAGAACAAUGAAUGCAGUAAGUGUAGUAAGCGCUUUAGUUACUAGUGGGUCAUUACACAGCAUCAGGAGUCCACACUGAAGAGAAUCUGUUUGAGAGCAACAAGUGUGGAAAGGCUAUUUUUAUAUAAUGGGACCCUCCUUUCUCAACAGGAGAUCCGCCACAAGGAAGAAUACUAUGAGUGUAAGGAAUGUGAGAAUGCUUUCAGCCUUAGUGGCCUUAUUUGAUAUCAGAGAGUCCAUGUAAGAGAGAGACCUCAUAAAUGUAAUGACCGUAAAGAUGCCUUCAUUCAGCAAAGAAACCUUAUAGGACCUUGUGUGAAAAAUGUAGGAAGGCCUUCACUGAGAAGUCAGGACCGACUAUAUACCAGGGAAUCUACUGGAGAGAGAUAAAUGUGGGAAAGUAUUCCAUGGAAUCACCAACUUUAUUCAGCAUUGGAGAAUUCACACUAAAGAGAAAUCCUGCCAGCAUGAUGAGCACGGAAAAGUCUUCAGACAGAGGUUGCACCUUGAUAAACAUCAGUGAGUCCAUAUUAGAGGGACACUUAAAAAUGAGAGACUUGUGGGAAGUCAUAUAGACGGAGCUCCAACCUCAACAUCACAAAAAUUAACAUCAUUAAGGUAAAUGGACAAGUUGUAUGGGGAAUGAGUAUUCUAAAUUGCCCGUUUUAGCCAGUAAAAAUAUUCAUUGAAUGUCUUGGGUCAAGAAAAGGAAAAGUCAGAAGUUCGUUUUCCCUUCCCAGAGCAACCAGGACUUUUGAAAUAUGCUGUUUACCUGCAUCCCUGGACUUGUGAUACUAUCUUCUGGACAGUUACGUGUUGCAGGAUGUGCUGUUUCCCCCACGCCUACUCUAAUCUCAUGUUUUUAAUUCACUCAACGAGUAUAGACAGUAGUACUGGUUGUUUAUUGUUUGUUGUAAAUAUAUAAUAUUUUCUUUAAAGGCUAGAUAGGCAUGUAUGGGUACCCCAGGACACAGAAAUCACACCAUGUUUCAAUAGAGUGAAAACAACCAACAUCAUUGAAUUGCUGGCCACUUCCAAACAUUUGAGACUACCUCUCUAUCCUCCAACACAAAGCCAUGUAGGUGUCCUUCAGAGUAUCUAUUUUCAGCUUAAACUUUAUUAUUUUUUAAGAAACAAAAAGAUAUAUACAGCCUAUUGACAGAUAAUGACAGAGGUAGUUUCCCUUGUAGAUAACGUGUGAUAUAAUAUUGUGAGGGUCAAUACUUUCAGUUACAUAUUAAUUUCACUUCGAAAACCUAUAAGCUAAAGAGGAAAGAAUCUUUAGAAGCUCUCCUUCAGCAAGGUAGUAACAUAGCCAAAUUUCUAUCCAUGCAUAGAACAAGGCUUAUAUAUUUUAUAGUGGGUCACUAAAUAUAAACAAAAAGCCAAACACCUUGCCAUCGAGUCGAUUCCAAGUCAUAGCAACCAUAUAGGACAGAACAGAACUGUACUAGAGGGUUUUCAAGGAGCCGCUGGUGGAUUUGAACUGCCGACCUUUUGGUUAGCAGCCAAGCUCAACUAAAUACAGUAGCCACAUAUUUUAAAACUUCACAGUGAUUAUUUCAGGAUCCUGGGUUUGUGUCUGCUGUACAUCCCUAAUAUUUUUUUGUUUUGGUAGGUGUUACAGCUACUAUAUAAAAAGAUGUACUACAUCUAGUUAAAGACUUUUUCAGCGUCUGUAGAGAUCACGUUAUUUUCCUUAACGCCAUUAUUAUUUUGUAUUCUCUGAAAGGAUUUCCUAAUGUCUAACCAACCUUGCAUUCCUGGAAUAAACCUUAGUCAUGGUGUAUGUGAUGGUUAAGAUUGUGUGUCAUCUUGGCUGGGCCAUGAUUCUCAGUGUUUCAGCAGUCGGCGUAUAAUGUGAUCACCCCCAUGGUCGGAUCUGCUGUGAGUAGCAGUUAGUUUUUUAAUAUGGUAAUGGAUUUUGCUACUAUUUUAUUCAGUGCAUUUUUCCUCAAUAAAAAGUGAUACUGGUCUGUAAUUUUUUUUAACUGUAUUAUUAAGGUUUAGGCUCCAGUAUUUUACUUGCAUCAUAAAAAGAAUUAAGUUUUUAAUGUUCUAGAAUAACUUAUGAGGAGCGUGGAUGGUGCAAGCAGUUUGCAAUGAGCUACUAACCUAAAGGUUGAUGGUUUGAACCUACCCAGCCACUCUGUGGAAAAAAGUCUUCGUGAACUGCUUCUGUAAAGAUGUCAGCCAGAAAACCCCUAUGGAGCAGUUCUACCCUGUAACACAUGGAGUUGCCAUGAGUUGGGAGUCUACUCGCUGGGAGCUAACAACAACAAUCCCGGACCUUAGGUGAAGCAGCAUCAGCCUACAAUUGCUCUCCUUUCCCCUUGAGUCUUCCUUCAGUUUGUCUGCCUCUUGAUCCAGGUGCAUGUAUUUAAAUCUGAGAUGAAGGGUCCCAGCUCUUAUAGGAUACCCUUGUCACCAAGAUCAGAGGCAACAAGAAUGGACAAUAGGUUCCAGCUAAUGCUUAUGAGUUUCCAGCCUGCUUAUGAUCUUCCCUUCCAGCCUGCCUAUAGACUUUGGAGCUUUGUGGAGACUAUUCAACCAGCUCCACAAAUGUGUAACCCUAUUCCCUCUAAUAAAUCUAUAUAUAUCUGGUCUUCAGGGUUCCUGAUUUUUUCUUUCUUUGCUACAAAUGUGAAUAUAACUGUCUUUCAGCUUUUUUACUUCCAUAGCAGGCAAGUAUUACAGAGCAGUGAUUCUCAAAAAUGAGUGUAUGCAGAGAAACGUAAAAACCUAGGUAAUCUUAAAUAUAGAUUCAGAUUCAGUAGAUUGAAUUUUGAUUUUUAAUAAGCUUCCAGGUGAUGCUACGCUGCUUGUAUUUAUUUUCCAUUGCUGCCAUAACAAGUGCCCACAGAGUGGCUUAAAACAACACAAAUUUAUUAUCUCACAGUUCUGUAAGUCAGAAACCCUGGUUGACUCAGCAAAUUUCUCUACCCUGGGUUUCGUAAGACCAGAAUCAAGGUGUCAGCUGGAUGGCCUGCCAUUGGGAAAUUCGUGGAAAGAGUCUGAUUCCAAGCUCAUUCAGACUGUUGGCAGAAUUCAGUUCCGUGUUCUUACAGGACUGACUGCCUCAUUUCCUUGUUGGCUGUUGGCUAGAAGUCAUUUUCACUCUUUAGUGGCCACAUGCAUUCCUUGGCUCAUAGCCCCUUCAUUUUCAAAAACAACAACAGCAAGUUGAGUCUCAUGCUUCAAAUCUCUUUCACCUUCUGUUCUUCCUCAUCUGCUUUGCCACAUCUCUCCUCUGCUUACAGCCAGAAAGCUCUCAGUUUUUUAAAGGAUCAUGUGAUUAGAUUGGGACCACCAAGAUAAUCCAGUAUAAUCUUUCUAUUUUAUGAUGUGACCUUAAUUACAUCAUCAAAGUCCAUUUUGCCAUGUAAUAUAUCCAAAGGUUGCAAGAUUAAGAUGUUGAUAACUUUAUGGGAGUCUUUAUUCUGCCUGCCGUAUAAUAUGACAACACACUGGUUAUAAAGAGGUCUCUUGGUUGCAAGGGCAGAAUCCCACUGGAGCUAUCCUAAGGAAAAAAGGGGGAAUGUAGUAUAAGGAUACUAAGAUAUCCUAUAAGGUCUCAAGAACACACUGGGACUCAUUGGUUCUCCAUCUUAUUUUUAUCCAUCUCUUGGGGGACACUUCAAUAUUCCUGAUGCAAACAGGCUUUCUAUGCCUCACAAUCUAUGUGACAGCGAAAAUAUGGUUCCAGGCUUUCCAAGGCACUGCUGUGGCUCUACCCGGUUUAAGAGUGUCUAUUCCAAAUCCAAAAUCCUAGGAAAGGGACUAUAAUUAGCUCCAUUUGGGUCAAAUGCUCAACCCUGAACUAGUGAGCCCAUCAUUUCUCUCUCAUCUCAUAGCUUCACACCAGCUCUUCUCUAUACUGGUCUGUAAGCAGGGAAGGGAGGCUAUAAAUUUAAUUCCCUAGGCUCCUAUUGCCAAUGGGCAGAACUGGUGGGAGAUCAAAAGGGGGAAGAAUGGUUAAAAGCUUUAACACUUUAAUUAAUACCUGAAACUACAGUUAUGUUCAGACAGUUUGGAAAUAAUGCGAUGCAUUUUUAUCUAACAAUUUACUCAGACAAAGGAAAUAACUAUCUGGUUUAUUCUGUACAGGUAGUCCCCGGAUUACAAAUGAAUUCUGCUCAUAAAUCUGUCUUUAAGUCGAAUUUGUAUGUAAGUCAGAAUAGUUAGGAACAGUUCAGUGAUAUAUCUAACGUCAGUUAGUUAAAUGUUUGUUUUAUUAAAUAGUGUACCUUUCUAUGCAUAAAAAACAUUAAAGAAACAUUUCCAG